CUCAUGAUGGCCUCAGAGGAGAAAUCUGCUGCCUUGCUCAUCAACGCCACGUUUGUUCGCCCGGUGAACUUCUACAUCAGCGGCUUCUCCAACAUGCCCCACGUCAAGUAUUACUUCGUGUUCCUGUGCUUCGUGUACGUGUUCACCGUGCUGGGGAACGGGCUGCUGCUGUCGGUGAUCUGCCUGGUGAAGAGCCUGCACACGCCCAGGUACAUGAUCGUGUUCAACCUGGCGCUGACGGACCUGUGUGGCAGCACUGCGCUCAUCCCCAAGCUGCUGAGCACCUUCCUGUGGGACCGGAGGCUGGUGGCCUACGAGGCGUGCCUCAGCGAAAUGUUCUUCGUCCUGUUCUUCCUGGGCGUGCAGUCCUGGACCCUGCUCGCCAUGGCCUACGACCGGUUCGUGGCGAUAUGCUUCCCGCUGAGGUACCACCGCCUGGUGACCCUCCCCUCCAGCGGGCUGCUGCUGCUGGGGAUGUGGGCGUUCAUCCUCGGCAUGGUGGCCUUCAUCGUGGGGGCCAUCGAUCGCCUCUCCUUCUGCGGGUCCGUGGUGGUGAAGAGCUUCUUCUGCGACCACGCUCCGGUGUACAAGCUGGCCUGCAACGACAAGUCUAUAAACAACGCCAUGGCCUAUGUCGGCUUCGCCCUGGUGCUCGUCAUCCCUCCGAUCCUGAUCGUGAUCACGUACGUGUGGAUUUCCGUAGCCCUGAGCAGGAUCGCGUCGGUGGAGGAGAGACUCAAAGCGCUGAAGACUUGCACCUCUCACCUCAUCAUCGUGGCGAUUUUCUUUCUGCCGAUUCUGGCCACGAACAUCGCGUCCGUGGCGACGUUCCUCCACCCGAACGCCAGGAUCAUGAACUCCUCUCUGACACAAACCAUACCCGCUUUACUCAACCCCAUAGUUUACUCCCUGAAGACGGAGGAGGUGCUGGUCUCCAUCAAGAAGCUUUACAGGAGACACAGAGUUAGUAAUUUCACCUCGUCCAAAAUCUGUCGACACUAG